CGCACGCUCUCGGGGGUUGAGCAUCUGCUCUCCAUCCACCUAUACACCCUCGCUUGCGCAUCCUCACGUCUACAUUCACUACACCGCACCACACCUUCACCGCAAUGGCGACUCCCAAGCGGGCCGCCUCCAACUCCCCUUUGGACGACGAAGAAGGCCCCUCUCCCAAGCGACAGCGCCGCUCCUACUCGCCUGAUUCCCCAUCCCUACCAAGCGAGACCAAAGCCUCCGCCACCUCUCCUCAACCCCCGCAAACACCCCCGCCGAGCGUUCACAUGUCGCCGGAAGCACAGGCGCAGCAAUUGCCGGGCUUGGGGCUGUUGGGCGCGGCGGGUAGUAAUGCGGGCAGCACUGCGGGCUCAGUCACGUUCCCGACACCGCCCAGCACCGCCGGCCUGCACAGUCAGAUUAUGGCGAGAGGUGCGAGUAGUGAGGGUAUUUCCGACAGUGAUGGACAGGCGCCGCGCGCUACAAUUCAGAUCGACUCUACGGACGCACGCGACGUGCCAAUGGCGGGCACAGAUGAAUCGGACGCCGAGCACAGACGGAGCGACCAUGAGCGGCAAGACACCGUCUCCGCUCUGCCUUCUGCGAAUGUGCUCUACAAACUGCACACCUCAUUCCCUCCAUCCGCACCGCACCCGUCACAGGACCUCAUCUCACUCUACUCUCUCAACCGCCUGCAGGCAUCAGUAGCACGCCGCGACCCCGUCACGGGCGCCAAGAUUAACAAACUGCGCAAGUCUUAUGAAGGCAAAGUCAAGGAACUGGGCUUGGAAGGUCGUAACAAGGCCAGCAAAACCGAAGGGAUCUUGGAUGGUCUAGUAGACCCAGGCUGGGACGUGCCUUUAGCGGACGGUCGGAUAGCGUGGGACGGGGGCAUGUUCGCCGAUCCGCCCCUCUUGGGAGCAGACGAAGGUGCCAGCGCGAUCGGGAAGAUUGAAGCCUUAUUGGGCACGGCGCUGGACCUGCGACCCGGUCAUUUGCCAGCAGGCGAGCACAACGGAUGGAAGAACCUCCUGGGCCUGGACGACGCGACUCUAAUGAAUCCCACCAAGCUCGCCGCUUCCCCUCAAAGCGCAACAGCAUCUGGUCCGCUCGGCGUACCUCGCACCGCCGCCUCCAACCUUCUCUCCAAAACCACACCCUCGGGCGCACUCCGCAACUCCGCCCCGUCCUCCCCACACGCACAUCUGUCUUCCGCCUCUCGGCCGGAUCGGGCUGGCAAGAAGCGGAGGUACGACGAGAGCAGCUACGCGGGCUAUCAGGAAGGAUAUGACGACGAUGGGUACAGCACUGGGGGUAUGGAUGAUUCCACGGGCGGGAGGAGAGGGAGUGGAGGUGGGGCCAAGAGGCAGAAGAUGCGAAAGGACUUCCCCCCCUCAGCCAGCGCCUCCACCUCGCCCCCCUUCGCCACCAACCCCAGCGCAAACAACGGCAUGGUAGGCGUGCGAAGCUCGUAGCCUAGUCUCGCCGUCCAUGCCUCACGAUCCCGCCUUCUCAUCUUAUUAACGGAAACUCCCAAUGGCAUACGACAAAAGUGGCCCCUUUUCCCCGACUUCCCUGCUUUCGAUUUUGAUCUUGUUUGGGCUGUGGGUGGCCGGAGUGGGUAGAGGUGGUCGCGUUCCGUUCGAAUUAUACCCCUUCUUUCACUUUUCUUCUUUCGUUCUUUCUUGCUGUUUGUAAGGAAAGGGAGCGUGCUUCGCUGUACACGAGCGAGACGGGAAUGAACACCUAGCAAAGGAAUUGCAAGAGGAUGGAUGCACGGGGUAGACGAUACGACGGAAACGUAGUGUGCGAUUGUCAAUCAAAACUACAAAUCUACCUACGAAAAUGCUGCGAGAUCAAAUU